ACUAGAAUGGUCCACCUACACGGAAUACUUUCCAUACUUUGCCUGCUCAUUGCCACUUAUGGAGUCCAGGCCAGGAUUUGCGGCCGCUCCGUGGAAAAACAGUGCGUGCCGCGACAAUCCUGCAGGACCGGCUCUGAAAGUGGAAGGCCGGUCAUAGAGUUUCGAACCCUUCAAAAAGGCAACGAAGGAUGUCCUACUGCGGAAACUUGCUGUCACACAUCACAAAUAGUAGAAAAUCCAAACCCUAACGAUGAUGAACCUUUUCAUCAGGAAUGUGGCAACGUCAACGCAAAUGGGAUGACCUUCACCAUUGCAGACUUGAAUAACCUGUCCCAGGAGGCCGAGCUGCCAUGGAUGGUCGCCCUCCUGGAUGCCAAAGAUCUCCUAUAUAAGCAUGGCGGUUCCCUCAUUGCCCCGGAUGUGGUGCUCACAUCGACCUAUGCAACCAAAAAUCUGAACGAGAACCAGCUUAUUGUGCGGGCUGGCGAAUGGGACCUUUAUACAAAUACUGAGCAGCGGAAACAUGUCGACGUUGCCGUCCGUAAGAUCGUUCGCCACCCCGAUUUUAAUAAGGAUAAUGGAGCCAACAAUGUUGCCCUUCUAUUCCUCGCCGAAUCGCUUAAACUAACCCGCCACAUUAAUCUCAUCUGCCUGCCCCAGCCCAACCGGAACUUCAUCUGGAACCGAUGCAUCGUCAGUGGCUGGGGUAAAAUGAACAUCAGCGACAACUACUAUAUGAAUAUCAUGAAGAAGAUCGACCUGCAGGUGGUAGACAGCCAAAGCUGCGAGCUGAAACUGAAAGUACCUUAUUCCUCAAACUUCAGACUUCAUAACAGCCUGCUGUGCGCCGGCGGAGAGAUCGGAAAGGAUGCGUGCGAGGGCGACGGAGGAGCUCCACUGGCCUGUCCGCUUCAAAGUGAUCCCAAGAGGUACGAGCAGGCCGGGAUCGUCAACUUCGGAUACGGAUGCGGAGGAACGAUCCCUGGUGUCUACACUGAUGUUUCCAAAAUGAUCGGCUGGAUUAAGGAGCAGAUUAUGAUGAAUAGAGUUAAUGGUCUAGGACUCGGAGGAUCAGGUGGAGGAGGUAAACCUAUUGCAGUUAAACCAAGUACAUUUGGAGGACAAGUUGGGGAAGGUGGUGAUCAAGGAGGACUUGCAGUAAAGUUUCCAGAUGAAAGACCUGAUAAUAGAGCUGGAAAUGCUGAAUUGUAUGAUCAUCCUCAAGAAGGAAGACAGAAAUAUGCAACUGGUGGACGUGGAAGAUCGGGUGGAGAAGGUGGUAAUGUAGCGACUGGAGGCGGUAAUUAUGAUCAAGGAGGAGUCCCAGUACCCUAUCCAUCUAAAAGAGAUCAAUAUGCACCGAGUGGACCUGAAGCACCUGAUAAUAGAGCUGGAAAUGCUGAAUUUGGAGGCGUUUUGUAUGAUCAAGAAGGAAGACAGAAAUAUGCAACUGGUGGACGUGGAAGAUCGGGUGGAGAAGGUGGUAAUGUUGCACCUGGAGCCGGUAAUUAUGGUCAAGGAGGAGUCCCAGUACCCUAUCCAGCUAAAAGAGAUCAAUAUGCACCGAGUGGACCUGAAGGACCUGAUAAUAGAGGUGGAAAUGCUGAAUUUGGAGGCGUUUUGUAUGAUCACGGAGGAAGACAGAAAUAUGCACCUGGUGGACGUGGAAGAUCAGGUGGGGAAGGUGGUAAUGUUGCGACUGGAGGCGGCAAUUAUGGUCAAGGAGGAGUCCAAGUAAACUAUCCAGCUAAAAGAGAUCAAUAUGCACCGAGUGGUAAUGUGGCACUUGGAGGCGGUAAUUAUGGUCAAGGAGAAGUCCAAGUAAACUAUCCAGCUGCACCUAUCCUAUAUACACCGAGUGGAACAGUUUUUCCUCAAAAUUCGGUUUCAGGUACACGUGAUCAAUAUUUAAUUGCAAGUCCCGAAACUAAUCCAGCACCUACUAUGGAAGUUUUUAAAUAUUAACCCAUAAUAUUUUCAUUUCUUUGAUAAUAUUUUCGAAUAUUGUUUAAAGCAAUAAUAAAUUGAUUUAUUUGAUCCCCAAUGCA